AUGUUUCAGGUGUUUCCAUAUCGAGCAUGCGACAUGAAAAGGAAGGGUUUUGAUCGAACUUUAAUUGAUCAUAUUGCUGUAAUUUUCUUCGAUGAACUUGAACCUUUUAUUGUUGGAUGCGUUUCACUUGAUAAUCAGGUCCGAUUUGCUGAAAAAUCUGGAGCGCUUGGCCUAGUUGUUGGACCAGGAAACAGAGUUGUCAUGCAAAUUAAUAAUAAGCUUGAAAGAGGUCGAAUACCAGUCGUUGUAUUGGAUGAUGUAGAAACUAAAAAGCUUAAAAUUCACCUAAAUGAUGCUUCACAAAGCGGUUCAAUUAUAAAACUGUCGUUACAAUAUGUAGAUGUCAGGCCACAAUUUGCUUUGCAUUUGCAGGUAUUUCGACCAACAGUUUUAAAUAUCGGUUUGAUAAUAACCCUUGCAUUGUUGGUAUUUUUUAUUACUGGAUUAGUAUUUAUCAAAAUCAAGUGGAAACCAGCAUCCCAUCGCGAUAUUUGGCUAAGAACAUUGGCAAGGUCUGCUAUUAACAAGAUGGAAGUAAGAAAAUUUGAAAAAGUGGUUGGAUAUCGUGAAGUCGAAGACUCGAGAACAGGCUCAAAUUGUAAAAGUCGUAAACUUUUAUGCCUUUCCGCUAAACGCAAAUAUGUGCCUGUUUUUGGUUCAUUAGCAUCUAUCACACCAAGUUGUAGUAUUCAAGAGCGUUGCAGUAUUUGUUUAGAAGAAUAUAAAGAAGGUCAAGAAUUGCGCGUACUUUUCUGUGGACACGAAUUUCAUCCAAAAUGUGUUGAUCCUUGGCUUAUCAACAACAGGCGUUGUCCCCUUUGCCAGUAUGAUGUUGUUUAUAAAGAAUAUCCAAAGGUUGAGCCAAUAGCAAAAAACAAUCGGGCAAAGUUAGUAUCUUAUUAUUUGAAAUGA